AUAAUAAUAUAAACGGUCUGCAUAUUAACUCGGCUGUAAACUUUAGAAUAGACACAGUCCUAAUCUAAAACAAUUUGGUUCUGCAUCUUUCAAUAAUUUUUCACACUGCACGAAUGGCGAAUUCCUUAAAAUUUAUUCUUUUGGGAUACGUCGUAAUGGCGACAGGAGUCUUGGCCCAAAAUCCUACCUGUCCAAGUCCCAAUCCCAGCUCAUACUGUCGUUGCUAUCCAGAAAGCCCUGGAUUCAAAGUGGAAUGUGAGGGUGACUACGCCACUCCCGAAACAAUGAAGAGAGCCCUAACAUUCUACCAGUCAUACGGUCUCAUAGUCAGAUUCAACAUCAUUCGCAUCAAGCAAUCGGUUUUCAGUUACGUCCCUGACGAUUUCCUAGCGGCCAAUCAAAUCAGCAGCGUCAAUUUCGAAUGCAAUCAUUACCACUCGGUCAACGACGGACUGCUAAUGAUGAGCGUCAAUGCCUUCAAAGACAGUUUCGGCGAAUGUGGUUUGACGGGAAAUUUGACCUUCCGGGACUGCAACCUGCGCCAAUUCGAUUCGGCUGUUUUGAACAACUGCAACCAGUUGAAAAAUCUCGCCUUUAUAGACAGUCAUGUCGAGAGUCUCAUUGACAUCCCGACAUUGAAGAGCUUGAACAAUUUGACAGUUUAUUCUCCGAUUCAAUGGACUAACGCACCGCAAAGAGGUCUUUCACGAUUAGCACUGGCUCCAGGUGCGUCGCUUCCCCUUGUCACCUAUCUGGACCUUUCCGGAAACAGUCUAGAGGACAACUCUAUCGAAUUUGUUCCCAAGCAAACAUCGAUCGAAGAAAUGCAUUUAGAAGGCAAUAAUUUCGCCGCAGUUCCUAAUUUAACCGAUUGCUUUAAUUUGCACACGUUGUCCAUGACGCUCAACUCAAGUUCGUCCGUUUCGAUUCUUUUACCCGAUCCGAGAGAUCAGGUGCAACCGCUAGAGGCAACGUUUUAUUCAACUUCCAAGACUGUUUAUGACGUCAUUUCUCUAGAAGGAAUGUUCGACUAUGAUGUCAUCAACCUUCAAUUGAAUAUGACUAGGUUUGAAGAGAGUGUUUUCCUAAACCCACUCCUCUACAGUAAUCUCACUAUCGAUUUAAACCGAGUUUCCAGAUUUGUUUGCGGAUGCGAGAUUGCAUGGCUUGUUCGAGAUAAUCCCACACUUUUGGAUCGAGUGAAUAACGGAAUUUGCGCCGACGGACGCUCUUUUGAAUCGAUUCCGCCGGGAGAACUCUCAAAUUGUCCAAAUGAAUUCGGCCACUUUUAUCCCACUGUCAAUCGUCUCCAAAAUAAUAUGAGAAACUUUAAAUCUUUGUUUCAUUAAAAGCAAUUACGUUGCAUGUUACUUUUCCAUUUACGUGAUUAAGUGAAAUAAGAAUACCAAAGGCAGGUCUUCUCUUGGUGAUACAAUUUUCAAGUUGCACUUUG